AUGAGUGUUCGACGAAGCACCAUCAUUCCCAACAAGCCGACCCUGACAGAGAAGAACCUUCCUGACCAAGCAGGCAAGGUAUUUCUCAUCACUGGAGCUUCUGGCGGAUUGGGUAAGGAGAUUGCUUCAAUUCUAUACCAGAAAAAUGGAAAGAUCUACAUGGCCGCUCGCUCUCGAACCAAGACCGACGAAGUUAUGAGGGAUAUCAAGGCAGCUCACCCAAAUUCGACCGGCAGGAUGAUAUUCCUGCCACUAGUCCUCGAUGAUCUCACUACCAUCAAGGCUUCGGCUCAAGAGUUCCUCGCACAGGAAAGCCGUCUCGACGUUCUCUACAACAAUGCUGGUGUAAUGGUACCCCCGCAGGGGUCAAAGACCGUACAAGGCUAUGAAUUACAGAUUGGCGUGAAUAACCUCGCCCCGUUCUUGUUCACGCACUUUCUUCAUCCUCUUCUUGCUGCUACGGCCCAGAGUGCUCCCAAGAACUCUGUUCGCGUCAUUUGGGUGUCUUCUAGCGCUGCUGAUGGUGCUCCAACCCCGGCCAUCGAUUUCUCGAACAUGGACUAUCACAAUGAAGAAGGGAUCUGGCCAAAGUACUCAAGAAGUAAGGCUGGAAACGUCUUGCACGCCGUUGAGUUUGCUCGGAGGACUGCCGGUGAGGGCAUUAUCAGCGUUGCUCUAAACCCUGGCAACUUUGUGACCAACCUACAGCAGAACAUGCCCAGGAUGCAGCUUGCUAUCUUCAAACUCAUCUCUCACGCGCCCAAGAAUGGUGCCUAUACUCAACUAUUCGCAAGCCAUUCGCCUACAAUCACAGAGAAAGAAAAUGGCUGCUGGGUUUCUCCUUUUGGAAAGGUCGAGCCAUGCCGCAAAGAUCUUAUUGAUCCUGACCUUGGCAAGAAGUACUGGGAGUGGACUGAGGAACAGGUCAACAAGUACAAGUAA